AUGUCUGACGAUACAUCAAAACUUCCUGUCCUUCAAAAAGAACACCCAAACUCACGUAAAGCUAAAAGAAAGGCAAAAGAGGAGCAACGAGAUACAAAACUAAAGAUGGAAAAAAAAUUGCAUCGUGUUCUUAAGCAAACUCCUUUAGUUGAUAUGGUUAAAUGGUUUAGGGAUGGCAUAACAGCUCUUGGAAUUAAUGAAACAAACAUUAGAGUUGUAACUCAAGAAGAAUUAUUUGUUCUUGCUGUUAAUUAUUCUUGUAGGAAAGAUUUAGAGUAUGAUGACAUAGACGAUAAAAUUAAAAAAAUGCUUCAUGCCACGUCUUCAAUACAAAACAAAAGAGAUCGUAUUUUAGAAGAAAUAUCCAAUAUGAGAAAAGCUUUGAUUGGAGGAGUGGACAUUCCGGAUUUACUUGAUAUAGAUAAUAUCAAAUUUAUUUUAACUGUUCGUGAUAUUUAUGUUACUAUUAAACAAUCUCUGAAAUUAAGAACAGUAAAGUAUGCUAUGAAAGAUACUCUUCCAUUGACUACUGGUGUUGAGCUUGCUAUUAAGAAAUUUGAAAGAAAAUUUGAUUGA